AUCGGUGUCCCAAUCCGUCCUUUGUCCCUGUCACUUUGCCUGUUUGCCACUGUCUGUUAUUUUCUCCCUUUCGCUUCUGCGCUGCCCGUCCCGCUUCCCCCUCACCACAUAUGUGGAGUCUCAUCGCCUCCUCAUGGACAUCAGGCAUCCGGACUACCGCCCCUCCUUCCUCAACCGCCCCGUGCUAUUAGAUGCCGAUACUGAUGGAACCUCCGCCCCCAGAAACCCACCUUCGCAUCCUUCUCUUCCCAUUCCUUCUCAUCUUCCCCCCUCGCAUUCCUCUCUCUCCCCUCCCGCCCACCCCCUACCUUCGCAUCCUUCUCUUUCCACUCCCGCCCAUCCCCCUCCCUCGCAUUCCUCUCUCUCCCCUCCUGCCCACCCCCAACCUCCGCAUCCUUCGCUUUUCACUCCCGCCCAUCCCCCUCCCUCCCGUUCCUCCCUUUCCUCUCCUGGACCUUCCCCUCGCUCCCAUCCCUCUUCCGCCCAUCCUUCGUCCACCCGUGCCCCUAUCUCCCACCCCCCUUCCGCCCACCCCCCUUCCUCCCAGCCCCCCCCUUCGGCACACGCCCCCUACCCACAUUCUCCUUUCCCCCAUGUCCCACUAAUCAGCAAUCCCCUUCCCCAGAUGCACCCUCACCAAAUGCCUUCUCCCCGUGUGCACCCUCCUCACCCAUACCCCCCACCUGGCCCUCCCCCUCCACAACCCCACCCCGCCGCCAACCACCCUCCACUCGCCACCCAACCUCCUCCCUUCCAUUCAUCCACCUACCAUUCCCCACAUGCCUCCUCGCCUCCUCAUAUUGCCAUACCUCCAUCUACAUUCUCUCUUCCUCCUCCUCUUCCUCCUCCUCCUCCUCCUCCCCCGCCAGGAGUCUUUGUCCCUACACCUAAUGCCAGUAGAGCCCCGGCCUUUGACGUGCCUCACGAGCAGGCCUCGCCGCCCCCAGGAGUCCCAGCCUUUGAGGCGCCUCCCCCUUCUCUUGCCACACUUCGUGCCAACAGAGCCCCAGCAUUUGAGGUGCCUCACCGGCAGACUACUCCCCCCCCAGGGGUCUCUGUCGUGGCGCCUCAUUGGCCGAGGCACACCACCGAUCCGUCUCCAAAUUCCCGUCCUCCUGUCAACCUGCCUCCUCCUCCCCCGGGAAUCCCACCCCCACAUGCGGUUAUUGUUUCUCCUGCUCCUGCUCCUGCUCCUGCUUCUGUUCCUGCUCCUGCCACUCGAUCUGUUGAUGCUGGUGCGGCUGCAGGUGAUGGCACUACUGCUGCUCCUGCUGCUGCUGCUGCAGCAGCUGCGACUGCUGGUGGUGCUCGGGAUGCUGAUAUGAGUGCAAGCAACAGCCAGCAGCAGCAGCAGCAGCAGCAGCAGCAGCAGCAGUCGGGGCAUGGAGAGACCUCAGACAGGGGAAGCACUCACGAUAGGAAGCGGGAGAGGGAAGGGGGGGAGAGGGAUGAUGGGGUGAGUGGGAGAGACGGGAAGCGAAGGAGAGAAAGGGAGAGUUUGGGUGAGGAAGAAAGAGUGAGGUAUGAGGAGAGGGGGAGGUAUGAGGAGACAGGGAGGGAGAGAGUUGGGGAGAGGGGAAGAGAUAUGGCUUGGAGGCGAGAUGACGACAGGGAGAGGGAGAGGGUUGAAGAAUUUAUACGAGAAAGGGAGAGGGAGAGGGAGAUAGAGAGAGUGAGGGUUGAAGAGUACAUACGAGAGAGGGAGAGGGACAGGCAGAGAUCAAGGAAGAGGCAGAGGGAUAGAGAACGGUGGAGGGAAAGGGAGAGGGGCAUAGAACGGUCGAGGGAAAGGGAGAGGGGUAGAGAAAGAGAAGCCUAUAUGGAGAGGGACAGAGGAAGUGGCAGGGAUGUGGGGAGGGGAAGGGAGCGAAGCAGUGAGAGGGAAACAGAGAGUCGUCGAGAUAGGAGCAAGGAGAGGAGGGAAGGUGGGAGUAAAGAGGGGAGGGAAGGUGGAAGCAAGGAGAGGAGGGAUGUUGGGAGCAGGGAUAAGGACAAGCAAGGGGUUGAGAAUGCUCAGAAGCAAAUAGUUCCCGAUGCCCCUUCUGCAGCUGCUACCGCUCCAGUUGUUACCCCCCCAGUUGCUCCCGCCCCAGUUGCUCCCGCCCCAGUUGCUACUGCUGCAGCCGCUCUUACCCCAGAUGCUGUGUCUCUUGUAGCGCCUCAAAGACUGGGAGUGGAGAAUGGUUCAAAGGAAGUUGUUGCCGGUGCCCCACGUGCAGCUUCUUCCACUGCAGUUGCUCCCACUUCAACUGCCCCGGCUGCUACCCCUGCUCCUCUUGCCUCGUCUUCCCUGGUUGCUUCUGCUACCCAUGCCACCCUCACUCUGUCUGCUCCCGCUACUCUCGUUCCCACUGCCCCUGAUGCUCUCUCUCCCACUGCUCCAGCUUCCCCUGCUACCCCUACCACUCUUGCUCUGUCUGCUCCUGCUACUCUCGUCCCCACUGCCCCUGACCCUCUGUCUCCCGCUCCCCCUGCCACCAUCACCCCUAUCGAGGUUCCGGUCGCUGCUCCCCCUGCUGCCCCUACCGCUUCUGCUCUCCCUGCUCCUCCCGCUCCUCUCGUUCCCGCUGCUCCUGCGACCAUCACCCCUAUCGAUGUGCCAGUCACCGUCCUGUGCCAACCGUGGUGGUGCUACAGGGAUCCCAGGGGUCGCAUCCAGGGUCCAUACUCCCUUGCUGAUCUGUACCAGUGGGAAGCGCACAGGGGGUUUAGGGAUACCCUGGUGUGGAAUGCGAGGGACGCUGCUGCUGCUGCUGCUGCUGCUGGUGCUGGUGGUGCUGGUGCUGGUGGUGCUGCUGCUGCGGUUGUUGCUGACCGAAUGGGGUCUCUUUUGGACGAGUGGAGGCUUGUGAAACUAGCAGCAGAGCAGCAGGUAGCAGCAGGGCAACAAUUAGCAGCUGGGCAGCAGGUAGCAGCAGGCCAACAAUUGGCAGCUGGGCAGCAGUUAGCAGCAGAGCAGCAUGUAGUAGCUGGGCAGCAAUUAUCGACAGAUGUGAGAUCAGCAGUCGAAGGGGAGCAACUUUCAGCAGGGGAAAGAUCAGGUGCAGACGAGCAUACCCUGUAUAGCAAUCCUCAAAGCAACCGUGGAGCUGGUGGUGAUGCGCUGUUGCUAGUUGACAUGCCACGAGAGACCAGUGGUGUAAUGACAGCGGCGGCAGCAGCAACAGCUGAAGCAUCAGUGGCGAAAGCAAAAGCAGAAGCAGAAGCGGAAGCAGAAGCAGAAGCGGAAGCAGAAGCAGAAGCAGAAGAAAAAGCAGCAGCAGCAGCAGCAACAGCAGGUGUAGGGGAAGCAGCAACAGACACAGCAACACCAACAGAAGCUGCAAAAACAGCAACACAAGCAGAAGGAGCAGCAGCAGAAGCAGCAAGGGGAAGAGCAGCCAAUGCAGCAAGGCGAACGGGAUUAACGAUUGUCGCACGGGGAGAGGAACGAAGAGUGGUACAGACGGCUGCUACGCCAGCAGCAGCAAGAGGAGCAGGAGAAGCGGCUACAGACACAACGGCUACAGACGCAGCAGCUACAGACACAGCAGCAGCAGCCGCAAGGGAAACAGCAGCAAGGCAACUGGGGUUAACGAUCGUUGCGUGGGGAGAGGAAAGAGAAGUGGUGGCUGCUAUACCGGAGGCAGCAAUGGCAGCUGUGGCAGCAACAUCAUCAUCAGCUGCUGCUGCUGCUGCUGCUGCUGCCUGUGCAGCUGGCGUUGCUGCUGCUGGUGGUGCAGUGUCGGCUCGAACUGCGGGUGAAGCAGCAGCAGGAGGAGCAGCACCCGUGGCACAAGUGGCAGCAUUGCGCGAUGGAGAAGCAGCAGCAGCAGCAGCAGCAGCACAUGCAGAGUUACAAUAUGUGGCAGCAGCAGUACCAGCAGAACCCACAGCAGUUUCAGGUGUUGAUGGUAUGAGCAUGGAUAUGAGCACAGACAUGGCCCUCGAUGGGGAUGGCGAUGGGGUUAAUGGUACUGGUAGUGUGAUUGCUACUGAUAGUCCCAAUGCAGCUCCUGCAGGAGAGGCGGGUGUGAAUGCUGAUCAUGCCUCUGAUGCAUCUCAGCUGUUGGUUUGGCGAGGAAUCGAGGGUGGAGAUGCGGCUGCAGCAGCGGCAACUGAUGGUGGUGCUCUUGGUGCCGCUGCCGCUGAUGAUGGUUGGGACUACAAUGGUGAUGACGUGGACUAUGGUGAUAAUGACGCAAGUGACUAUGGGGAAAGUGAGGAUGACGAUGAUAGUGACGGGGAUUCGCUAGGUUCUUUGGAGCUGAAGCUGGGGAUUCGGAGGAGGAUGGAGGAGAGGGCGGUCGCUGGGGCUGGGAAUGGGGCUGGGAGUGGUGCUGGCUGUGGGGUUGGGGGCGGGGGAGUGGGACAGGCGGGAGGGGGAGUGGGUGGCGGAGAAUUCGGAAAUAGGGAGCAAGGAAGAAGAGGUGAGGUGCGAGUGGCAGGAGGUGAGGAGGAGAUAGGGAGCAGGAAGCCCGUUUCAGGGUCCGAUUUAGGGUCCAAGGUGAGCGAAGAUCCAUCUAGAGCAAGAACAGGGGAAGGUACACCUACUGGGAGAUCAGGUGAAGGUACACCCAGAGCACCAACUGGGGAAGGUGUGAAACGACAAGCUGCGGAUUCGGACGUGGGAAGGCAGGGGAGGAGACGACGUGAGGACAGCUCGGAUCGAACAGAUUUAGAGAGGAGAGAGGGGCACGGGCGAAGUUGCAGCGACAGACGUAGGGGUAGGAGCAGUAGGAGCAGGAGCAGGAGUAGGAGCAGGAGCAGGGAUAGGCACAGGAGCAGGAGUAGGGAUAGAGGUAGAAACAGGAAGAGGAGCAGAGACGGGGGAAGGGGGAGCAGCAGGAGCAGGAGCAGAAGCAGAAGCAGAAGCAGAGGGAGGAGGAGAGGAAGAGAGAGGGGCAGCAGAAGUAGGAGCAGGGAGAGGAGAGAGAGGAGGGAGAGGAGAGGGGGGAGGGACAGGGAAGAGGAGAGAGGGGGUUGCGAUUGGAGGGGCAGAGAGACAGAGAGGGGAGUAAUGGGAAGGUGGGGGGAGAGGGUGGAAGGUGGAGGGAGGGGGAGUGGGGGGAGAGCACGGAUGGCGGAAUAUUGUACCUUCCAAGAAAGGAAGAGGUUUUUCAGCUUUCGGGCGCAGCCUGGUGGUGAUGGUGGCGUUGGGACGCACCCAGGUGGUAAUGGUGGGGGAGAGGAGGGAUCGCCGGGGUUUUUGCAUAGUGAGGAGCAUGGGCAUGGGAGAGGGUAUGGCGUUCAAGGACAGACUGCUGGUGUUGGUGGGGGAGAGGAGGGACCUCCUGGGUUUGUGCUUAGUGAGGAGCAUGGGCGUGAGAGAAGGUACGGCGUUCAAGCACAGGCUAGUGGUGUUGGUGGGGGAGAGGAGGGGCCUCCUGGGUUUGGGCAUGGGCCAGAAGCGAAAGGGCUGGGGGGAGUAGCAGCAGGGCCAGAAGCACGAGGAGGCGAAGGCUGGAAGGAGGGGAGGGAAGGAGAAGGGCGAGGGCGACGGAAAUGGCAAGGGAAGAGGCUAGAGGAAGGGCAAGAGCGUUUGCAGAAAGAAGGGGGGGCAGCACUAGCAGGUGCAGGGAGUUGGGGGGGAGGGCGGGGUGGUGGAGGUACGGAAGGAGGAGACGAACGAGGCAGGAGCGAAGGGCCACUGGAAGCCCACGAGCGCUGGCACGAGGGAUGGGGAACGGUACCAGAGGAAGAGGAGAAAGAAGAGGGAGAAGGGAACGAGAAGGGAGCAGAGGGGGAAGAGGAGAAAGAGGAGGGAGACGAGGGGGCAGAGGAGGAAGAGGAAGAUUGGGAGGUCGAGGAGGAACAGGAGGUGGAGAAAGGGAGCAGUGGACAUAGAGGAGGCAGACAGAAGGGGAGGUUUAGGAGCGGACAUUGGGGCAUAGAAGGUCGGGAAGGAUUAGCAGGUAGAAGGGGGGGGGGGGGGGGGGGAGAGAGUGGGAGAUCUUGAAAUAGAGGAACAGGAGGUGGAGAAAGAGAGCAGUGGAUAUGGAGAAGGCAGACAGGAGAGUAGGUAUAGGAGGGGACAUCGGGACAUAAAAGGUCAGGAGCAGCAGGUAGAGGGGGAAGAGGAAGGUCGAAGUGGAGAAAGAGAGCAGUGGAUACGGAGGAGGCAGAUGGAAGAGGAGGUAUAGGACGAAGAAUCGGGAGUUGGGACGUAGAAGGCCAGGAGUAGCAGCAGAUGAAGGAGGAAGAGGAGGAUUGGGAGCAGGCCUAACGAUUGGUUUUAGGGUACCCAGGCUCCAAAAAAAAUAAUUCAAAAAAUCGUCAGCCUCAAGAAAAUUUACGCUGAUUCAUCAGUGUUUCCUAGCAAAAGUUCGCUCUUCCAUCAGGGUCGUGUACUAAAAAAACAAUGAUUUGGCAACAAGGAGAGAGGAUUUCACUUUU